AUGGCUUCAAACGCAGAGGUAAAGGCUGAAGAGGAGAUAGCUGUUGAGCUGAAAAAGGAAGAGCCUGCUGCAGUUGCGCCUGUAAUUGAGGAAGUUGGUGUUGUAGAAGAACAGCCCGCAGUUGAACCUGAGGUCAUCCCUGUGCAAGAAACACCUGUCCAGGUAGCUCCAGAGCCUGAGCCCAAACCCGUACCUGAAGAAGUCGUACCAUCUGCACCUGUGGAAGAGGCCGUUCCUGUGCCAGAGCCAGUGCCUGAGCAAGUACCCAACUCGUCACCAGAACCAGUGGCUACACCAGUAGAAGAGCCAGUGCCUGAACCAGUGAAUAAGCCUGUCCCAGAACCAGUGCCUGAACUAGUCCCAGAGGUGCCUAUCCAUGAAACAACAUCUGAACCCACCCCAGAACCAGUUUCUGUACCAAGCCCCGAAGCAGCGCCUGUGCCCGUCCCUGAGACCUCACCAGCAGCUGAAUCCCUUCCAGAAGUCCUAGAGAAUACUGAUGUUGCGGCUGCUUUAGUGACGGAUGAGGUCGAGACCUCUGCAGUCCUGCCCGGUAAUAAGAGGACCACCAAGUUUGAGAAGAGAAUGACCACGGAGGAGAUGGAAGAGGAGCAGAGGAUAGAGUUCACAAAUGACUUUACAGCUCUUUAAACAACACCAGGCAGUAUGCCUGUGUCAGGCCACUGAGAUGCGGAGUAAGCAGACGUCGAAGCAUGCGCUCCCUAUAAUGAACCAUGAGGACCUUUGAGUGACUUCUCCGUUUGACUGUCUCUGAAAUGUGUAGUAAUGGAAACUUACCAUUGUGCUUUUAGUCUUUUCCCCCCUUUGUUUUCUGCCUGUGAAUAACUUCUUAAAGCAAAACGCCAAAGAACAUAAGAUUAUAUAUAUAUAUAUUUACACUUAGGUACAGCUAGAUACAACUAUGGCCCAUAGACUAUGACAUGUCUAUUAAAACCGUAAUGAUGUAUUUAAUCAAACACUGAGCUCGAUUUAAUGAUACAUUUACAUUAAGUUCAUUUAGUCUACGAUUUGGAAACUCUUUUGUAAAGAAAGGGAGGGGUAAUGGUGAACCAGUGAAUCUGUUUUCUUAAAUGUGAUUUUUUUUUUAUUUUAUAUAUGACAUGAAAUAAUCUUGUGCCUUUGUUGAGCAUCAUGUGUUCUUUAGUCAGCCAAUCAGCAUUCAGUCUCAUAGUCUGCCUGUCCUGCUCUUCUGAAAUACCAUCGCGCCCGCUUGAGGACACGCACAGCUAUGACCAUCACAGGCUAAUGGGAAAGUGCUUGCACUGCAGAGUCACAUGUUUAUGAUGAAAUUUAGAAACCAUGUGCAUUUUGUUGUUGUUGUUUUUGGAUGCUAUGUUAAAAUAAAAUAGGUGAAUCUCAUCAAACAUUUUAUGAGUGACAUUUCAUGCCAGAAUCGGAAGAGAAUGUGAAGUUAUAAUUUGCAUAAAGAAAAAUAAAGCCUAUUUUUAAGAACCAUUAUGAUUUUUUUUUUUUGCAUUCUGAAAAAGUCAUAAAUAUUGUGGUAAACGUAAUUAUUGGCGAUGCAACAAAUGCUACCAUGUGUGAAUGCAUGCUUUAUUUUAAAGAGAAUAUCAUUUUGAUUUUGCAGGUGACUGAUAGGGUUUCGUGAGAUUCACCCUCAUGGCUUUUGUAAUAUCAAUAAAGAGCCAAAUUUGA